UGAGGAUGUUCUGGGAUGAGGUUGGAGAAGGUUUUGGGCGGUCGGUGGCUGCAGCUGUGCCCCGUCCCCGCAGACAUCUACGUGUGCAUGAUCUCCUCGGCGCACAACGUGGCGGCGCAGGGCAAGUACAUCGCCAUCGCCAGCACCACCGUGGAGACCGCCGAGCCCGAGAAGGAGAUCAAGCCAGCCCUGGACCUCCUGGAGCCCAUCGAGCAGAAGUUCGUGAGCAUCAGCGACCUGUUCGCACCCACCGACCUGGGCACCGAGAGCCAGAUCUUCAUCUCGCGCACCUACGACGCCACCACCCACUUCGAGACGACGUGCGACGACAUCAAAGAUAUUUAUAAGAGGAUGAUGGGAUCAGAGUUCGACUUUGAGGAGAUGAAACGCAAGAAAAACGACAUCUACGGGGAGGAGGAGCAGCAGUAAUGAGAGGCUCUAAUUAGGAGAAGUUUAAAUCGGCUAAUAUGAAUAUAUAAGGAACUUAAUGAACACUGUACGAAAUUCAAUAUUGUAAGGCCUGCUUUUGUAAUCCCAUCUCUGAGAGAUUGAAGAGUACUGCACUGGUAAUGUUCCCUUUUUGGAUAUCAUGUGUUAAUUAUUUCAUUCUAGUAGGGCUGCUGUCCAGAAUCUGGCAAAUUCCUGACUGAUUCCCUGACUAACCUCGUUAAGCGAAAGGCAGAAAUGAAUUUAUUAUUAUUAUUAUCAUCCUGGUUAUUUUUGCAGACGUAGACGUGGGUGCAGGUUUGAAAUAACUCAUUGACAGCUGUGUCUUCCCUUGUCUUUUUAAUCAUUUGUAAAACAUCCUUCACGAUCCUGUGCUUCUGGUGAGCUCGUAGAUGUGACGCUGAUGUCACUCAAACC